AGCUUCUCAGACUUUUCCCCUACUAAAGGUGGCCUAAAAUUUCCCAGGAGCCCCAUUCUCUGCUGGAAUUAGUGGACUGGUCCCCUCUGAGCUGGGCAGCUGAAGAUGAGGUUGCUGUGGGAGCUGCUGGUGCUGCAGUCGGUCAUGGUGUGCCUGGCAGAUGACAACACACUGCACGGGCCGGUUUUCCUUCAGGAACCCAACAGCCUGAUCUUCCCUUUGGAUUCAGAGGAAAAGGAAGUGGAGCUGAGCUGUGAAGUGAAAGGAAAUCCCAGACCGACCAUUGGGUGGAAGUUAAAUGGGAGCAGCAUUGACGUGGGGAUGGAUUUCCACUACAGGCUGGUGAAAGGCAACCUGCUGAUCAAUAAUCCCAAUAAAACCCAGGAUACUGGAACAUACCAGUGUGUAGCAACAAACCCCUUCGGAACCAUUGUCAGCAGAGAAGCAAAACUCCAGUUUGCCUACCUGGAGAACUUCAAGACCAGGACGAGGAGCACGGUGUCUGUGCGCCAGGGCCAGGGCAUGGUGCUGCUGUGUGGGCCCCCACCCCACUCGGGAGAGCUCACCUACGCUUGGAUCUUCAACGAGUACCCGACGUUCGUGCACCAGGACAGCCGGCGCUUCGUGUCGCAGGAGACGGGCAACCUCUACAUCGCCAAGGUGGAGGCCUCGGACGUGGGCAACUACACCUGUGUGGUGACCAACACCGUGACCAACAGCAAGGUCCUGGGCCCCCCCACCCCCCUCAUCCUCAGGAACGACGGGGUGAUGGGAGAGUAUGAGCCGAAAAUAGAAGUGCAGUUCCCAGAAACGGUUCCAUCUGCAAAAGGAACAACGGUGAAACUGGAGUGCUUUGCCUUGGGGAACCCAGUUCCUACAAUCAGCUGGAGGAGAGCAGAUGGGAAACAGAUCCCCAGGAAGGCCAGGAGGCACAGGUCGAGCGGACUCCUGGAAAUCCCAAAUUUCCAGCAGGAAGACGCCGGACUCUACGAAUGUGUGGCUGAAAACGUGAGAGGGAAGAACGUGGCACGAGGACAGCUGACAUUUUAUGCUCAGCCCAGCUGGAUCCAGGAGAUCAGUGAUGUCCACGCGGCCAUAGAGGAACGUGUGUCCUGGGAAUGCCGGGCCGGAGGGAGACCCAAGCCCUCGUACCGCUGGCUGAAGGAUGGGGAGCCUCUGCUGGCCCAGGGCAGAGUUCAGCUGGAGCAGGGCUCCCUCACCAUCACCAACGUCAGCCUGUCGGAUGCUGGGAUGUAUCAGUGUGUGGCAGAGAACAGACAUGGCACCAUUUUCACCAGUGCAGAGCUCAGUGUCAUAGCCAUCGGCCCAGACUUCUCCAAAACACUCCUGAAAAAGUUAACUCUCGUGAAAGUGGGUGGUGAAGUCAUCAUUGAGUGUAAGCCCAAAGCUUCCCCCAGACCUACUUAUUCUUGGAAGAAAGGAAAAGACAUCCUGAGAGAAAAUGAGAGGAUCACCGUCCUGGAUGACGGGAGCCUCCGGAUCGUCAACGUCACCAAAUCCGACGCGGGAAGUUACACCUGCGUGGCCACCAACCACUUUGGGACGGCGAGCAGCACGGGCAGCCUGCUGGUGAAAGAUCCAACCCGGGUCAUGGUGUCACCUUUCAGCAUGGAUGUCACGGUUGGGGAGAGCAUCGUCCUGCCCUGCCAGGUCUCUCAUGACCACUCCCUGGAUAUCAUGUUCACCUGGUCAUUCAAUGGGCACCUGAUAGACUUUGAGAAGGAUGGGGAUCACUUUGAAAGAGUGGGAGGGCAGGAUUCAGCUGGUGAUUUGAUGAUCAGGAGCAUCCAGCUGAAGCACGCGGGGAAAUACGUCUGCAUGGUGCAAACAAGUGUGGACAAGCUCUCGGCUGCUGCAGACCUGAUUGUAAGAGGUCCCCCCGGCCCCCCCGAGGCCGUGACGAUCGACGAGGUGACGGACACCACGGCCCAGCUGUCCUGGAGGCCGGGGGCUGACAACCACAGCCCCAUCACCAUGUACGUGGUGCAAGCAAGGACCCCCUUCUCUGUGGGCUGGCAGGCAGUGAGCACAGUUCCAGAGGUCAUCGAUGGCAGGACGUUCACAGCCACAGUGGUGGGGCUGAACCCUUGGGUGGAGUACGAAUUCCGAGUGGUGGCUGCCAACCUGAUCGGGAUCGGGGAACCCAGCAGACCCUCAGAGAAGAGAAGAACUGAAGAAGCUCUUCCUGAAGUGACCCCAGCUAAUGUCAGUGGAGGUGGAGGGAGCAAGUCCGAGCUGGUCAUUACCUGGGAGACGGUGCCCGAGGAGCUGCAGAACGGGGGUGGCUUUGGCUACGUGGUGGCGUUCCGGCCCUUCGGCACCGUCAGCUGGAUGCAGACGGUCGUGGCCUCCCCGGAUGCCUCCAGAUACGUGUUCAGGAACGAGACCCUGCCGCCCUUCUCGCCCUACGAGGUCAAGGUCGGGGUGUACAACAACAAGGGCGAAGGGUCCUUCAGCCCCGUCACCGUUGUCUACUCCGCAGAGGAAGAGCCAACGAGAGCCCCGACCACUGUUUUGGCCAGAAGUCUUUCCGCCUCAGACGUUGAAGUUUCGUGGGCUCCCCCUUGGGAGAACCAGCACAAAGGAAGGAUACAGGGAUAUGAGGUCAGGUGCUGGCGACACGACGAGAAGGAAGAAAACGCCAAAAGGAUUCGGACGGUUGGCAACCAAACCUCUACCAGGGUCAGCAACCUGAGGGGCAAUGCCCUGUACCACCUGGCAGUCAGGGCCUACAACACGGCUGGCACCGGCCCCUCCAGCGCCCCCGUCAACGUCACCACCAAAAAGCCACCACCGAGUCAGCCCCCCGGGAACAUCAUGUGGAAUUCAUCCGACUCCAAGAUCAUCCUGAACUGGGACCAGGUCAAAGCACUGGACAACGAGUCAGAAGUGAGAGGCUACAAAGUGUUGUACAGGUGGAACAGGCAGAGCAGCACAUCUGUGAUAGAAACCAACAAAACCUCCGUGGAGCUGUCCCUGCCCCUGGACGAGGAUUAUAUCAUCGAGAUCCGGCCCGUCAGCGACGGCGGCGACGGCAGCAGCAGCGAACAGAUCCGAAUCCCAAAGAUAUCGAGUAAGGACGGGAGGAGUUGGGGUCCAUUCCAUGGGGAGCCAGAGUCCUGCAGGGACCACGGCUGUGUAUCCCAGCAGGGCAGGCUGUACUUCCAUCCCUUUCCCAGGCAGGCAGCUGAAACCCAGAAAGCCAAGGACCAGCGUUCCAGCCCCUGGUUCUGA